UCACAGGAUUAGCUCAACAACCUCAAUGAGGGCCAGAGUGGUAAAGAUCUAAUAGAAAAGAAAAUGGAGGGAAGGGAUAAAAAGACAUGUAUAUUGUAUGAGUAGAUUUUCAAGCCUUUAGGGUGGCCUGCUUCCCACUAUCUCUUCCCUUCUCAAAUCUCCCAAUUCAAGUAGAUACACCACCAUAAGCCUAUACCUCAGCUUUCUCUGAAUCUUAUUCCUCACUUCAGAUACACUGCAGUUGAUAUCAAAGCUGUAAGUAACUUUUCCCCUCUGCUUCAAAUGAAAUCUGAAGGCCCUUCUUCUAAGUUUCUCAAAAUGGGAUCAUCAGAUCGGCUGUUUAAUAGGCAGAGAAGCCUUCAUCAGAUCCUUGGAGGAGGUCUUGUUGCUGAUGUGAUACUGUGGAGAAGAAAAAAUGUGUCAGAGGGGAUCCUAGCAAUUACAUUGUUUUCUUGGGUUGUGUUUGAAAGAUCAGGCUAUACUCUUCUAUCUUUAACCUCAAGUGUUUUCCUGCUUCUGCUUGGAAUUCUUUUUUUGUGGGCAAAAUCAGCUGCAGUCCUAAACAGACCUCCACCACCUAUACCACAUUUGCAUAUCUCAGAAGAAAGAGUGAAAGAAGCAGCAGUGUUCAUCUAUGGCCAUAUUAACACAUUGCUCUCUGCAUUUGAGGAUAUUGCACUGGGCAGGGACACCGUGUUAUUCAUUAAUGUAGGCUCAGUUCUGUUGCUGGUUUCAGUCAUUGGCCUGAUGACAGAUUUUCUCACUUUGGGUUAUACUGGGGUUGCCAUUAUGCUCACAUUACCUGCACUUUAUGAGAAGUAUGAAGAUCGUAUUGACAAAUAUGUGUGGAAGACAUACAGGAAAUUGCAGAGUUUUUAUUUAAAAUUGGAUGCUGAACGCACUACUUGCAAGAUUCGAAAUUGGAUUGUGGACACAAAAUUUGACUAAAUUUUCAUUUGGUAUUUGAAAAUUGAAAUCAUUUUCCUUCGGUUUUGUCGAUAGUCGCUUUUUAAGGAGAGGUGGUCAUUAGUUUUUCAUCUUGGUCCUGUCUCCAGAUCGGGUUUCCCCUUUUUGGCUUCUUUUUUUGUGUUCCUAAUGAGUGUUAAUCUGUCUAUUUGUACAAGUUUCUGAAUAUAUAUUGGUACCAACUUCCAGAUAUUGGGUGGACCAAAAAUCCCUGCUCGCACAGAUACUGAAAACUGAGUGAAUCAAGAUUCAAUUAUUCUUUGCCAUCUUAAUUAUUAUCGUCAUUACCCCC